AUGUAAAUGGAAAAUUAAAUUAACUCCUUAGUCGAUGAAUUUGCCAGGGAAAACGAAGAUGUCAAAACUGUACUUAUUUUAGAUAAGACAGGCCUUCCUUUAAAUACAUAGAGUGGAUCUUAAAGCUAAUAAUUUUCUAAAGACGCUAUACCUUAUCUUAAAUUUUUAAGUGAUCAUGCAAAAAAUUUGAAAUUGCAAUAAGAAGAUUCAGACCCUGUAGUAACAAUCACUACUUAGAAUGAAUAAAUAGUUAUUAAGUCUUAUGAUGCUUUUACAGUAGCAGUUAAAAAGGGUAGAGAAGUUGCUAGUAAUCAAUGA